AUGAAAAGUAUCAUAUAUCAUAUUGUGCUACUUGCAGCAUGUCUAGAGCCACUUGUACAGGCAGAAACUGUAGUUCUUUUCGAUACCGUCUAUGUGACAGUACUGAGGUCAGCUGUUUAUGAUGAAUCGAGUACUUAUUAUGUUGAACACACCGUUUAUCCUGAGAACCCGGUGGACACUCCUGUUGUUGUAGCAGAUGAUUACCAAGCAACAGAGGAGAUUCCCGAAACUUCUAUAGCCGAAGCCCAGCCGCAAGAAGAAGAAGUCAAUUAUGCACCCAGUGCAGAGCCUGUCCCUGAACCAGAAGUAAUUGCUGCACCCGAGACUGCGCCGGUACCAGAAGUAAUUGCUGCACCUGAGCCUGCGCCGGUACCAGAAGUAAUUGCUGCACCCGAGCCUGCGCCAGCACCAGAACCGGCACCUAUAGUGCAAGCAGCUCCUUCUCCUGCUCCUGCUCCCCAAAUAGCUCAAGUUAUCACUACUGUAUUAAAAGUUGAAGAGCCACAAGCUGCUCCUGCUCCUGCUCCUGCUCCUGCUGCAGUAGCCUCUGCCCCAGCUUCAAAUAACAAUGACGACUCUUCAUUUUCCAAUGCCAUAUUGAGCGCACAUAACGCAAAACGGUCUUUACACGGGAUUGGCGGAUUAUCAUGGAGUCAGGAACUCGCUUCAUAUGCUCAAAGUGUUGCCAAUGGAUAUGACUGUUCAGGAUCAUUAAGGCAUACUAGUUCAUCAUAUGGUGAGAACUUGGCGGUUGGCUUUUCAUCAGCACAAUCAGCUGUAGAUGCUUGGUAUUCAGAAGGUAAAAAUUACAAUUAUAACUCAGCAUCUACAUUUAAUCAUUUUACCCAGGUUAUAUGGAAGGGAUCAACACAAUUAGGAUGUGCUUAUAAGGAUUGCAAGUCUAGAGGAUGGGGAUGGUAUAUCAUUUGUAACUAUAAAAGCGCAGGUAACUAUAUUGGCCAAGGGCGUCAAAACAUUGUGCCAUUACUUUAA